AACUUAGUUGUUUCCCUAGUAAACACGUGAAAUCCGUGAAUUUAUCAACAAGGAAGUGAUGAUCAUGACGAUCUAUUAUAUUUGUUCAGUAAUUGUGUUGUCAUUUUUAUGUUUACUUCCAGUAGAAUGUCUUCGUUCAGAAAUUAGUGUGACAAGGGUUUUUGCACAGACAGUUGAUGCACCAGCAGUUGUCGAUUUGAAUUCAGAUGGGUGUGGGUGUGUCAAGUAUGAUUGUGGUUGCUGUGCCCAUCUGGAGGUAAAGGAGAUAGAACUCGAUGAUACAGUGUGUGUGAACGUCACCUACCUCCCAGAUCAGUAUGGUAUUUUGCUGACAGUCAGUGUGAACGGGGUAGUCUACAUCAACCACACAGUGUCUGCGAAGAAUCCACCAGCUCUGUGCUUCGGUAUUCCGUAUCUGAAGAAACUGGCCAGUCUCUGCAUUAAGCUGUACGACCUUGACAUCAAGAACCACACCCUGUCUGGCUGUGCGCGCAUCCUCGUCCGACUGGCAGGGAUCACUGUCGAGAAGUUCGACAUGGGAUGUUUCAGAAUUCCUCCAACCAAAGCAAGCGUUGGCAAGAUGAAGCGGUUCAGGAAGAACGCAGUCAAGAGGGGUAUAGAACACAUGAGCUGGGAUCAAUUUGAGCAACUGGUGAAUUCAUUUCAGAAGGUGUAGUCGUAUGGAAGGUGGUGCACUGGCGUAGGAAGUGGGGGGGGAGGGGCAAGGGGGCACACUUUUCAGAUAUUUUGCUUUAUAUUUGCUUUAUAAUAGUGUAAAAAUGUGUAAAUAUAAAAGUGUGCCACCCACUUUUUGCCACCUUCCUACGCCACUGUAGUGUGGUCUGUGACGUACAGGGCUCGAAUUUUAAAAAGAAUUGCCAUGCGUGUAGGUGGUGAAACGGCCCACCGACGGUAAUUUUGAGCCUGCCUAUGGCAAUUUGCAGCAAAUAAACAUAACCGUGAGGUUAUUUUGUUGUGUGUAAGUCGACAUAUUUCAAAUGUACAAAUAUUAAAUAUUGGCAGAAAGGCCCUACCAAAUUUUCUGGAUUGCUGUAAAAGAAACAUUGCACGUCUUAAUUAUCCAUGGAUCUAAUAUUGACACUAAUGGGGAUGGGGGGGGGGGGGGGGGAGACCUACCAAAAAAAGUUGUGUCUCUAGUCGGACCAAAGUUCCUGAAUUGAUGUGGGGUUUUUUUUCUUCAUUUGAAAAACAAAACAUGAAUUGCACAGAAAAAGUGGAUAUAUUUGAUACCGAAAUAAGGGACAUAUUUAAAUUGAAAUCAGAAUGCACAUCCUAGUUCAUAUGGCAUUUUGUUUUUUAGGUCUUAGCAAGAAAAGCCCGUAAAAAAAAUUGACGCCAAAACAAAAAAAUUGUUGACACGCAAGGAUCAAAAUGGACGCUUGUGUUGACCAGAGACCUGAAAUUUAUUUUGUUUGUCCUAAUGUACACCAGGUGUAUACAUUUUACAAUUGUUGAGGAGCUCUCGGGCAGACCUCUCAAGUCUCACGGUUUUGCCACGAGACUCGCGAUUUUCCACAAAAUCUCACGGUCUCACAGUAAGCCGCGAAAAUCUCACGUUUGUUUUUGAAAAUCUCACGGUUUUUCUCUUGCGAUAAAAAUCCAUUGUAGUUAAAACAAUUUCUGUUCUUGCUCAGUCAAGUUCUCGGUUUUCCACAAAAUCUCAUGGUCUCACAGUAAGCCACGAAAAUCUCACGUUUGUUUUUGAAAAUCUCACGGUUUUUCUCUUGCGAUAAAAAUCCAUUGUAGUUAAAACAAUUUCUGUUCUUGCUCAGUCAAGUUCUCGGCCAGUCCGGCCAGAAAUAACAAACAAAGUGAGAGGACUGGACACAACAAUCCAUAUUUAGAAGAUCAAUGCCAAAUAAGGUUAUCGCUACCAGUCCCUCACAUUCUCGUUGAGAGUUUGCACGCGUGAUGUAGAAGUGAAAAUUCCCUGAUGUCACCUGUCAAAUAUUGUUUUCUACACAAAAGAACCACCACUUUAUUUUUCCUAGCAAUUGAUUAUGUAUGAAUAGGUCAAUCUCCAGGUUUUUACUGAAAUAUCCAGGUUUUUACUGAAAUUUCCAGGUUUUUGGGCUUCGGUGAUGCUGUCUACCUACAUGUAUGGCAAUUUAUAUGUCAACAAUGGCAAUGCCAUCGGUGCUGUUGUUAAAUUCGAGCCCUGCUAUUAGAGUGUGCCUUAAUUGCGUCCCAAUACUUCUGACUUCAACACUCGAGGUUUCUGUUCAGGCCACCUCACCCUUAGUCCAUAUAUCAGUCCAAUCUCUACCCAUCGAUAAAACCCCCCCCCCAAAUCAAAUGUUAAUCAAAUGAAUACAAUGUAUUUAUAUGUGUUCAUGGGGAAUAUUGCCAUAUACAGUAACACCCCAUCUGCUUUAACAGGACACCCUUGAUACUAAGACAAAAUGUCCAGUUUGAGUCUUUUAAAAAGGGUCUUUGUAAAACAGAAGGAAUAUCCGGUUUACAGAGUGGUGUCCGGUCUUGAGAGGUUUCACUGUAUAGAUCUAUCCUGGCGUCAUAUGAUUUCAAUACGAUAAGCAAAAAAUUAAAAUAUAAUAUAAACAAUAUUUCGUACAUACAGUACUACUUUACCUUUCUCAUGUCACAUUAGUUUAUUGUGAAAAACAGUAAUAAAAAUUUCCCAUGAACGCCAAGUUUUCCUCCAAAAAACACUGCCUGCUAAGUCGUACAGGUGUCUCCGCUAUAUUUUCACAAACGUCAUAUGUUUUCGAUAGUUUCAUUGGCUGUCUAUUUUUGUCCUUGUUAUGGCAGUGAAGGGUCUAUACUCCGUGCAAUAAUUUACAUCAAAAUCUUCAUUUGAAAAUAAAAUCAUAAACUAGCUGUUUGCAACUUGUAAAAAAAUAUUAAAUAAUCUUCAGACCAAUUGACAGUGUUCACUGAAAACAUAUUUAUAUUAUGUUUUCAUCACGGGUCAGUGUCUAAUUCUCUUCUUACGCGUAUCAACGACACCAAAAUUCAGAUUGUCACCUUAAGUACUCUGACAGAGGUACAGAACUAUAUAUUUUAAAAAAAUCUAAUUCCACCAAACCACCUUUAUUUGUAGUAAAUUUAAUGCACAUGUAAACAUGCCCCCCACCAGAAUUACCAAAAAGAACUUUGCUGUGAAUGACA